CGCGGACGAACAAUGUCCUUUAUAAAUGUCCAGGUUUUCAUCUGCAUGGGCCAUCCUUCCGUUGUGCAGUGCGCAAGCAUGACAUUCCAUCCUCGACUCCUCUUCGUUUUGAUGGUAUUAUGGGCGUCGGCCGAGGCCAGGGACGAGACGGGGCACUGGUGGAGGAAGAUAGACCUCGAUCCCGGAGCACAGAAACCUUCCAAUACGGAUGUAAAGGCCACGUCAGGACAAGGGAUCCCCGAGCCAGGAGUAAUCUUCAGAGACGGGAAGGGAUCAGAGAGAAUACGGUGCGUAUGUGAGGAUGGACUUGGAACGAGAGACAGAGAGUCAGACUCGGAAUGGAGAGAGGCGUUCGAGGAAUUCCUGAGGCUGAGGAGAGAGAUCUUGCGGAAUCUCCCUCUGUGUGACAGUCAGAGUCAAAGUCGUGACAUCCCACCCAGUCCCAUCGUCCCCACCAGCAGAAUCAUUCGACGCGGGAAGUAUUACGAAUUUCUCAACUAAUGCACAGCUGUUUAACUUUUUAUUCUCCACAGUUUUCAAAGAAGUGCAAUUACGGAACAAGAAACUUGUGAGAGAUUAUAACAAAAACGUGAAUCUUUCAUGAUCUCGGUGGAACACUGUGCUUUUCACCAAUAGCCACCUCCGAAACCGCCACCGUAACCACCGUACCCGCCACCGUAC